CGAUAAAGAGGGAAGAUGGAGAAAGAACAAUAGGACGAAGGGAGGGAAGUAUUGAGGGAACAAAACGGUAAAGGGAGAAGCACAGGGUAGGAAGGAGAGGCAGCGAGUGGGUGGACGAAGAAGAUGGAAAGGGCUCGGGAGGUACGCUGGUGGACAUGAAUUGGGGUGAGACGGGAUGAUGGUCAGUGGGUUAGGAUGGGGAUGUGGCUGAGAGAGGUGGGGUCCAGGCAUGAACAAGGAGGAGGCUGAUCCAUCGUCGGCGCCAGGCAUCGCUAUCAACGGCACCCCCUUCGCUUCCGAAGCCAUAAGAGCCUGCGCGCACUCGCAUCUCGUGGCGGAGCUACCCAUCCAGGCUCUCGAUGUUGUGCCCAUCCGUGCACGACUCGUACAUGAACGCGCCGAACGUAGGCGGAGCUCGGGCAUUCCGUUGGACACUCCUGCUCGGAGCACUCAACUUACUCGAGCUCAGCAGCCUCUAGAGUAUAUGGGCGAGGCAAGCGAAGAUCUGGAGGUAAGCUACUCUGCUUUGACGAUUGACCCGGUGAACACACGAACUCAACUACGAAAUUAUUACGUUGACUCGCCUCUGCCGUUGUCACGAAACAGCCUUCAUAUUAUCAUCAUUGUCGACCAACAUAGCUUCGGUUCCUCGACUGCCCCGCCGGGCGUUCAAGGCUCCAGCCACUUUGCAAACCUCACCGCCUGUAUCAAUACCAUCCUUGACCAUGUUGAAGCACAAAUUGUCAUUUGCAUGGGGCACGAUUGGCGCCCGGUAUUAUAUUACGAGGCCGUUCGUAGGCGUCCAGACUUCUUCGCCGGCAUCGUAGGCGUGACUGUCCCCCAAGCAGCUUUGUACCAAUUCCGAUCUCGCCCAGCUCUCCCGCAACCCCCGCAAUCGGUACUGCUUCGGACACGCGCCUCGGAAAUCGCCGAGGGCUAA